CCAUGGAAACGGAUCAGAUACUUGACAGGGACAUGUGUAAACAGCUUGUGGCUGUGGCUGCUCGAUUAAGAGGAUUGUCAACUGUCAGUUUCUGUCUUGUUUGCUGCCGCACUCUCGGUGAAGUGCCCCUCCUUAAUCUGCUGCGUCCGUCUUCUGCACCUGAAACGGAAAACCCACAGUUUGGAGACAGAAAGAGCCGCAGAUAUGAGUACCAGAUCCGGCAUCGACUACAGCGUCUGGGAUCACAUCUACGUGUCGGACGAUGAAGAUGUUACCAGUCCGUUUGUCGACACACCGAGCUUGUUCAGGAUGAGGCACCGGAACCGGCUGGAGAAAAUGGCUGAGUUUCAGCAGAGAGGAGAAGAUCUGGAGUGUAACUUAGCAGAAUGCAAGACGCUAUUAGAGGAAGCCCGGGGACGAGUCAAAGAGUUGGAAGAAGGAAUAAACGAUGGACAGCGGGAUGAGGAGAAAGAGGCUGAGCUAAAGAAAGUCCGGGCUGAGGUGAGAAAACUGAAGAAAGAUGAAAAAGAGUUUGAGAAAAUGAUCGAAGAACACCGGCGAGAAGGAAAGAGACGGGCCUGGAAUGUCGACACUAUCAGCAAAGAAGGAUUCAGCAAGAGUGUACUCAACGUAAAACUAGAAACAAAGGAGGAAACACAAGAGGAAAAGGUGGAGAAGCACAAGACAUUUGUGGAGAAGUACGCAAAGGAAAUCAAACACUUUGGUAUGUUGCGGCGUUGGGACGACAGUCAGAAGUAUUUGUCAGACAACCCACACCUGGUGUGUGAAGAGACGGCUAACUGCCUGGUUGUCAUCUGUAUUGACUUUGAGAUUGAUGAGAAACAUGCGCUGAUGGAGCAGGUGGCCCACCAGGCCAUCGUCAUGCAGUUCAUCCUGGAUUUGGCUCGGACGCUUCAGGUCGACCCAAGAGGCUGUUUCAGACAAUUCUUUUCGAAGAUCAAGACUGCAGACAAGCCAUACCAAGAUGCGUUCGACCAUGAGCUGGAGUUGCUGAAGGAGCGGAUCCGCAGCUGUGCGCAGAUGCGUAUUGAGAGCACUAUGAAGGAACUAGAGGAAGAAGACAGGCAGAAGAGACUGGGCCCAGGUGGUUUAGACCCUGUAGAGGUCUAUGAAUCACUGCCAAAGGAAAUACAAAAAAGCUUUGACGAGAAGAACAUUCAAAUGCUGCAGGAAGCUAUCAGCAAGCUGGGUCUGGAGGAAGGAAAACAAAUCCUGAGGAAAUGUAUUGACUCUGGACUGUGGGUCCCUGACUCAGAGGAGGGUGAGGAAUCAGAUUAAUAGGAGGGGGAGAAAUAUUCCUUGUUAACUGACACAGAAUGAAAGUCCAACAGUGUGAAAAUACUGCCUCGUAUAUUCAAGAUAAUGUGCAUAUGUAGAGUACUGGAUUAGCACUGUUCUGACAAGUGCAAUAUCCAAAAACAGAAGCUGCAAGUUUUUGAUAACGAGACCUCGGAUAACCUGCUGCUUCUGACUUUCUUUUGAUGUAGCUGGUGUUUUUGAUAAUGCCACCUUAACAGUUAGAUAUUAAUAUUUUAUUAGUUUUAGAUUUCAGCCGUUACUCAACACAUAUUGUUAUUUGCCAUAUAGUUUGCUGCUGUGUCCUUGCUCCUGAAAUUUUGAACAGCUUUUGUGCUUAAAGAGAGCAGCUUGACUGAUCAGUUGAGAAAACAGCCACCAAGCCAUCUGGUUUUAUGAGAAUAACACGACAGACGGAGGGGAAGCUGCUAAAAUCAGAGACAUUUGCUUAUACCUCUGACACAUGAAACUCAGAUACAUCUAAAAAGUCAUUUGAAUGUCAUAUUUAAUUUGAAAAAAGUUUAGUAUACCAUCGCAGGCACCUACCAUUUACAGAUCAAACUAUCUAACGGCAUCUGUUGUUUUACUGCGGUCAACA